AUGGCUGGCGUUCCUGGGCUUGUGGGGAACUUUUUUGGAAUUCUCUUGGCUGGUUGGCGUCUUUUAAAAAGCACUCUGUAUAUACUUGUAUUAACAUAUGAUAAGGGCGGCCACGUGGAAAAGACUCAACAAGUCAUGGAGAUAUCCUUGUAUAUGGAGAGCAAUGUUUCAGAAACGGGAAAAUAA